UAGGUGGGUGGUCGUCUGUCUCGACCAGCUGGGGUGAGAGAGAGAGAGAGAGAGAGAGAGAGAGAGACAGACAGACAGACAGACAGACAGGUGCACAGCAACAACAGUAGCAACAACUACACUAAUAGUAGUGACUGAUGAUGAUGAACAUGAAGAAGAUGAUGACGACGACAACAACGAUGGGGGACAAUGAGCAGUGACAAUAGUAAUAAUAGUAACUGUAGAAAGAGGAGAGAAAUUUCAUUUUGGCAGAAAAAGAAUGUUUGACAUGGGUUAACAGAGCACAAACUGUCUUUGACUCUCUGUCUUAGUCCACCCUCUUGCUUAGGGGAACUGGGGUUGUUGCCUUAAGUUGCCUUAGUGGGCUCCAGCAGAGUAAAGUCUAACUUCCACAUACAUAUUAAUUCAUACAAAGCUUUAUCCUAAAUUCCCAAUGUGUGCAAAGCUAAGCUAGCUAGGGUAACUGACCAAAACAGAAGCAUCUUUAUUGUCUCUCUUCAGAAUCAGAAUUAGGUUUUUUGCCAAGUAAGUUUUUACACGUACAAGGAAUUUGUCUUGGUGCAUUGGUGCAUAAAAUAUGAAAAUCACACAAAAAUAAAGUACUUUUUAAAAUAUAAAUAAAUAAAGAUAAGAAUAGAAAGAUCCAAAGGGUUAGAGUACGAGUAGCCAUUCUUUUUCAUAUCAAUCUUCUAUUUAAAUUGAAGUAUUUGACAUUCUUGACAUCACUCAGUAACAACCAGCAGGUCCUUGGGUAACGAGGUCACACUGCUGCUGUGGGCGUCCCCUGUUAUAGAAGUUUAAAAGAAGUGGAAGCAGAGUUUCAGCUCAGUUAGAGGACUUGGCAGUUUGACUGCAGUAGAACAGGCCAAUAUUGUGUCAUGAAAUUGUCAUUUCGUAGCCAACCUUUAUGUGGACUGUAUUUAGUGAAUGGUAAGUUUAGAGAAUCUGUGACUGUUUUCCUAUACAAUAUAUAUUUACAGUAAGUAGAUCUUAUAUUUUAAGCUAAUUAAACUUUAAACUUCAAAAUCUAUAAUAAAAUGUAACAAUUCUCAAAGUUAGUUUAUUGUGUGAAUGGAAUAAGAAUCUUGUUUUGUAGUUGAUGUUUUUGUUUGCACAGGUUGAAAAAGCAAAGUUUAACUUAUCUAAAACUGUUUCACAAUGUAAUUUCUUUUCAUCAAUUUGUGCACUGAACAGCGCUAUGUUUACUUUACAAGCCAAAACGAGGAUCAUGAUAAACUCUACACAGGUUUCAUAUUUCACACUAAGUGCCUACUUUGAUACUGGGGGAUUUAAAUAUUUGUAUUUUAUGAUUAUUCUGUCCUUAUAUAUUUUAAUAAUUUGUGCCAAUCUUUUGCUCAUUGUGAUUAUCUGUAUGAACAGAAGCUUACAUGAACCUAUGUACAUAUUUCUGUGCAGCCUGUUUGUAAAUGAACUGUAUGGUAGUACAGGGUUGUUUCCAAUGCUUCUGGUUCAGAUUCUCUCUGACAUUCACACUGUUUCUGUUCCCUUUUGUUUCCUGCAGAUUUUCUGUGUGUACUCUUAUGUGUGUGUAGAAUUUUCCAACUUGGCUGUCAUGUCUUAUGACAGAUAUCUUGCUAUCUGUUAUCCUCUACAAUAUAACACACAAAUGACAUAUAACAAGGUUCUCUUGCUCAUUGCUCUAUCAUGGUUAUACUCUUUUUUUACCAUUUUUAUUUUGAUAUCAUUGAUUGCUCCUUUACAGCUGUGUGGGAACAUCAUUAACAAAGUUUACUGUUUAAACUACUCCAUUGUGAAACUGGCCUGCUCUGAAACCAGAGUAAAUAACAUUUAUGGACUUAUUAUAACCUUUCUCACGGUGUUUGGUCCUCUAAUUUUAAUUCUUUACACGUACAUGAAGAUCCUUCAAGUUUGUUUUUCUGGUUCCAAACAGACCAGACAAAAAGCUUUCAGUACCUGCACACCUCAUGUUGCUUCUUUGCUCAACUUCUCAUUUGGUGUUUGUUUUGAAAUAUUACAGAGCAGAUUUGAUAUGAAAAGUGUGUACAGUAUGUUGCAAAUUGUUUUAUCCUUAUACUUUCUGACAUGCCAGCCACUCUUUAACCCUCUGAUGUAUGGACUGAAUAUGUCCAAAAUCUGCAUCAUAUGUAAACGUUUGUUGUUAAAUUUUGUUAUAAAGUGUGGUAGUCAAUCCUAAAAUAUGGAGCCUAAUCCCAGAUCAAAUGCACAUUUAUAGGCCUUGAAUAUUGUCUUCAGUGUUUGUGGUGUUAUGUUAGAUAUGUUAUCUUUCUUCCUUGUCCUAAUUUAUGUGAUGUUGCAAAUGGAGCUGCUGUAAUAGAAGAGAUUUUAAGCUUUAAUUUCAUCAUCAUCAUCAUCAUCAUCAUGUUGACUGAAAGGAAAAACAAUGGAUGCCUGUGACUCCACUAGUGUUGAAACUGAAUGAUGUCUGCUGUUAACUUUAUGUAUGAAAAGGUAAAUAAAUUAAAUAUUAAAAUCUGUGGAUUGUAA